AAAGGAAGAAAUUCCAAUUGAAUUUUUGAUGAUUUCUGUAUGUGUAUGUAAGGAAUAAUUGAGAAAAAGUCAAUAAAUACUUGCAUGAUUUCUUAUAUAAGUUCUUUUUUUUCUAUUUGUUUUAGCGAUCCAUGAAGGUAUUUAUUACUACUGAUUUGAUGGAGUGGAGAAGAAAAUUAAUUUUUGACAUUUUAUCUUUUCUUCUGUUAGCGUUUACUUUCGAAUGAUCUUCCGUCGUCACCACCAACAAAAAUUGCUGCAGUUACAACCGGCGACGAAGAAAUCAAUAAUAUGAAUAGUACAAAUGACAUUACAAAUGGACAUCAAAAUGGUGAUAAUAAUGAAGCUAAAAAAGCUCGACUUGAAAAAAGUCCACCAUCUCGUGUUGUUCAUUUACGAAAUAUUGAUGCAAGUGAAUUAGAAAUAGUUCAAUUUGGACUUACAUUUGGUAAAAUAACAAAUGUACUUAAUUUAAGAAAAAAAAAUCAAGCAUUUUUGGAAUUCGAUAGUAUUGAACAUGCACAAGCCAUGACAGAUUAUUUUUCUUCAAUACCAAUAUUAUUAAAUGGUCGACAAAUAUUUGUACAAUUCUCAAAUCAUCAAGAAUUAAAAACUGAUCCAAAUAAUGCAAAUAAUCAACAAGCACAAGCAGCACUUCAAUCAGCAACUAUUUUACAAGGUAUUGCACAAACAGGUGGACAAAAUUGUGUACUACGUGUGAUCGUUAAUAAUAUGAUAUCUCCAAUUAGUGUGGAUACAUUUUAUCAAAUUUUUAGUAAAUUUGGUGUUGUUCUAAAAAUUAUAACUUUCACAAAAAAUGAUAAAUUUCAAGGAUUAAUACAAAUGAAAGAUGCAUCUAUUGCACAAACAGCAAAAUUGAAUUUAAAUGGUCAAAAUAUUUAUACUGGUUGUUGUACAUUACAAAUCGAUUUUUCGAAACUGCAAUCAUUACAUGUUAAAUAUAAUAAUGAUAAAAGUCGUGAUUAUACCAAUCCAAUAUUACCAUCAAAUGAAAAUUCGAAUGAACCUAUUUCUAUCGGUGCAAGAUUUUUAACAGGUAUACCUAAUGUAUAUGGUUCAUCGAUUAUGGCACUUGCUGGCGCUCCAUUAACUACACUUUCAGCAAUGAGUAAUGGUGCUAUUCAUUUUUCAGCUCCAACAGCAGCAAUGUUGAAUACAAGUCAAUUAGCACAACAAUACACAACCGCAUUAGCAUGUCCGAUGACUAGUGCAGCAAAUGCGGGGACAACAUUAUUAACAACAACAAAUACAACACAAUCACCAAUAUCUUUAUCAACAUUACAACAACAUCAUUCACAUACAACCGCAAGUCCAUAUAUUUUUCUAUCAACAUCAGGAGCAACAUCUGAUGAGGUAUGUGCAAAUCUUGGUAGUAAUGGUACUGAUAUUACCAGUGGAGUUAUGACUGGUAGAACUGCAACUUUAUCUUCACCUUCUACUCUAUAUUUCUAUAAUAAUAACAGUACACCUACUAUGUAUCCGACUGAUUUUUUGCGUUUGUGA